AUGAUGGCACGAGGAUUACUUCUCAUUUCAGUGGCAGUCGUGCUACUAUCCUCGAUUAAUGUCGGCGCUGAGGAGGAUCUCAAAGACGACGCGGACCUUAACGACCAUAAAGAACACAACGAGACGACCGUCGCGUCCAUCAAGAUCAACGACGAAGUGUCCGGGAACAAGACGGCGGCGAUUUCGAUUAUUCAAAAAUUGAUAUUUCUGUCAUUGAAGAAGUUUCGUUCUACCUUUGGAAAUGGGAAUCGACAGAACGCUACCAGAGGGCUAGCGCUACCGAUCAGUGCAGAUAUUGCAAAAAUUAUACCUGAUGACGCUACAGGUGACGAAGAAACGCCAGAGGAACUACCAGAGGCUCAAGAACUGAAGAUUAUUAGACCUAGUUUAUCUGGUUUGAGGAAACGUCCCACGUAUCGACCCCCUCCAAGAAGACCAUCUCUCACGAAUCGAAGAAACGUUUAUUCUGAUCUGACCAGGACGCCGAUAAUCAGACCACCAAGGCGGCCCGCGGAAGCAAAGAGAGAUCCCACGGAGAACGAGUGCACUUUCUUCACAAAGACAGUUUGUCUCGAAGCAACUGAUUAUCCGCACGAGGCGAUAACCAGGAGCUUGAGGAGCAACAAGGAGAUGGUCGCAGCCUUGUUGACUGAUUACAAGUCGCAGGAUUUUGAUGAGUCUGGUGAAAGUCUGCCGGUCUCGUUGCCUCUCGAAAAUAAAUAUGAGAACAAGUAUGGUGGACGAUAUGAAAAUCGGUACGAGAACAACGAGAUCAGAAGGAGAUCCGAUUUAAGUUCACCGUUUGACAAUGUUGAAGAAGGUUUCACGUGUCCGUCGAUCAUCAAGUAUGCACGCCCGCAGUUGGCCAGAGCCGCCUCUGGCAUUUGGAAAUAUAUAAUAAACACCGGUGAACACACGCAGACUUUGAGAUUGGAAAAGUGUUCGAAUCCACAGUCGAGUUGUUCGUUCAUCUCAGAGAACUAUCGAUCGUCGUGCGUGCAAGUGUACAAUUAUCACAGACUGCUGACUUGGGACAGCAAAUUGGGCCUACACAUGGACAUUUUCAAAGUGCCGUCGUGUUGCAGCUGCCACGUGCACGGUUAUAGCGAGAUCUUUCCCCCUCAUCAGAAGGAUCCACCCCAAAAGCUCAAAGAAUCGUUCCCAGGAUCUGAUUUCGCCACGACGAACGAUCAGAAAGAAGAUUACGAGGACGUUUCCAAGCUGAACUACUUGAACAAAUACGCAAAUAACUUUGACUCCAGCUCGAGCAACAAGAAACCCAUAGCGGAUGCCACGCCAAGUCGACCGUCGUUCACUCUUCCCGUGAGGACGAGGUCGAAGAAGCCUUCGUCAUCGAAUUCAAGGCCGUUCGACAAGCUGCCUCAGCAACACGCGCCUAACACCAGGGCUCCAGGCUACACCGGACCGUUACUGAAAGGCUCCAGGCCAACCAGACCUAACAGACCACCUUACAGACGAGAAUCAACGACACACGUCGAAGAAAACACCGAGGCUGCGAGUAACAGUUCGAUUGGAAACAGGUACAGUCAACCGUACGAUCUGGACAUGGACGCCUCGUCGCGGCUGCAAAACAGCGGCUUUUACGACGAGUAUCAGGAGCCACAGAGGCGAAUCAAUUAUAAUUACCAUCCAAUCAUCGAUUUCUUUCGACCCGAGGCGUCGAUGCUGCAAUCGUCGGAGACCCAGUCAGCGGCCCAAGACGAUUCCAACGCGUGGAAACCGGUGAUAUCGUCAUAA